AUGGUCUCGCCAAAUGUCCUCGAUAUCGCGCGGGUUUGCCCACCCGUAUCCAUCUGCACUGUUCUUGAUGAACAUCAUUGGAGGCAGAUCGUCAAUGUACCAAUUGCCCGGAAUUUCAACGAGUCCUGUUUCUUCUCCUCUUUGGAGCGGUUUCAUCCACUCCUCGGCCUUUUUCGAGUAGUCGAUCUUGGUCCAGGUGUCGCCUGUGCGGAACCAGUAGCAUUGGCAGUCGUGGUGCGACAUGGAGUGAUCAUACUCGAUUCCGUAGUCCAGCAGCAUCUCCACUCCGGCCUGGCUCGUCUCCCACCACGGAGCAACAGAUCCGGUGGGGGGUUUACCGCAGAAAUCGGUCAGCAGCUUGAAAGUCUUGUCGAGCACGUCUUUCUGCUGCUCCAACGUCAUGUCGGUCGGGUUUUCAUGGGAAUAUCCGUGGAGUCCAAUCUCGUGGCCAGCGUCUCUGAUCAUGGCACACUCCUCGGGGAACGUCUCCAGCGAAUGGCCCGGGAUAAACCAGGUACCUUUGAUGUUGUACCUGUCAAGCAUUUUCAGCAUACGUGGGAUACCAACGUGGCCUGCAAACAGACCACGAGAAACGUCGCUUGCCGAGUCCUCUCCACCGUAGGACCCUAG